CAAGAUGGCUGUGCGUCGGGGAGUGGAGAGCUGAGGAGGAAAUAUAGCCCCCCAAAUUGAUCCAGACACAUCGUGAGAGGGAAAGCGGACGAGAAAAGACUCGAACAGUAUGAUUUAUUUAUUUUUUGUCACAAAACAGUGACGUGUAAUAGCUUCUAGUAGAAACGGAGCUGACUCCAUCCACCUAUUUAUACAGGCUAUAGAGACGGAUAUCUACUCCGAAUUGAAAUAACGGUACCGGUGGAAGACAUCUGGGAGCGAUCAUAGCCAGAGCUAAGAGAUGUCAUUGCUGUGCGUUGGAGUGAAGAAAGCCAAACUCGAUGGACCCCAAGAUAAAUUUAACACCUACGUGACGCUUAAAGUGCAGAAUGUCAAGAGCACCACCAUUGCGGUGCGGGGAGCCCAGCCAUGCUGGGAGCAGGACUUCAUGUUUGAGAUCAACAGGCUGGACCUGGGGCUGACGGUGGAGGUGUGGAACAAAGGGUUAAUCUGGGACACCAUGGUGGGCACCUUGUGGAUCCCCCUGCAAAACAUCCGCCAGUCCAAUGAGGACGGGCCGGGGCAGUGGCUGACACUGGACUCCCAGGUCAUCAUGGCUGAGAAUGAGAUCACCGGCACCAAAGACCCCACCUUCCACCGCGUGCUGCUGGACACCCGCUUUGAACUGCCAUUAGACAUUCCAGAGGAUGAGGCUCGAUACUGGGCCAAGAAACUGGAGCAGCUCAACGCCAUGAGGGACCAGGACUACACGUACCAGGAGGAGGAGGAGAGACCACUGCAAGCGCCAUCAACACAAUGCUGUAACUGGAGUCUGUGGGGAGACCAGCAAAAUGAGGAUCCAGACAGUGCGGUGGACGACAGAGACAGUGACUACCGCAGUGAGACUAGUAACAGCAUCCCUCCACCCUUCUACACCACGUCUCAGCCCAACGCCUCCAUGCACCAGUACCCCAUCCAGAGAGACCAGCGCUACUCCUCGCACACCUCCUACAACGGCUCCAUCCAAGAGCUGGACUACGACAACCAGAGACCCAUGAGACGCUAUGAUAGUUUAGACUCGGCCACCAACGGGCGCAGCGAUCUCGAUUCAGCCUCAGGUUCGAGCCGGCGCACCAGCCGCCAGUACUCUCUAGACAGUAGGCACUCGCUCUCCGAUAGUCCUACAGGCAGCAGUCGCUAUGCCUCCUCUGGGGAGCUGAGUCGAGGCAGCUCCCAGCUCAGUGAGGAGUUUGGCCCUGAGAACGAGGGGAGCCUGAGGGGCUCUGUGGAGCUCUACGACGAGAACGACUCUUACCACUCCUGCCACUCCUCUGUCAGCUACGACAAGGAAUCGGCUGGCUGGGACCCCGAUGAGCCCGAGGUGGUGUACAGCGACGAAGGGGGCUAUGUCAAAGAUGGCGGGGAGGAGGGGGCUAUUUACGAUGAGGAGGAGGGCGAGCUCUACGAGCCCGAGGAGGGAGAGGGGGAGUUCAACUAUGAGGGAGAGGAGGAGAUGAUUUACGAAGAAGAUGAAGAUCUCUACCCUCUGGACGGCGCGCUCAGCGAGGACCAGGAGCCGCCCUACACCCCCACCCCCACAAGCACGGCCCCCACGCUGGCCCCCGAGGCCUCCAUCACCAGGCCCCCUCUGGAGAAACAGGCCUCUCUGAGAGAGCAGCAGCCCGAGCCCUCCACCCUGGCCCCCACCACCCAGGCCCAGACCAUGCCCCCUGUCCAGCCCCCUGUCACCACAGCCUCCACCAAGCCUCCAUUCACCCCUAUGAUCCAUCCAUCCCUCAUCCAGUCCCCAGUGCCCACAGCCCAGCCCCCUGCUCCAGACACCCAGCCUCCAGUGUCUGAUGCCCUGGAUGAUAUCCUCCUAGACCUCCAAGAGGAAGAGCCUCUGUCUUUAGAGCAGGAGGUCCCUGUGGUGGAGAGCCCCCCAGCAGAAGUCCCAGCAGAGAAGAGCGAGACUCCUGUUGUCAGCUAUCAAAGGCCCAUCAUGGAGCCUGGUCCAGACAGGGCCAGGGCCAACUGGCAACGGCUCUGCAGCAAGGUCCGACUACAGCUGCAGCAGGCAAGAGGGGAGUCGGUUGGGAUUUGCUCCCUGUUGCUAUCAGCAGGGGUGGGUGGGGCGCUGUAUAGCAUUGACAGCAUGCCGGACCUCCGCAAGAGGAAAGCCAUGCCUCUGGUCAGGGACCUGGUCAGUGCUAUGUCCCUGGCUCAGAACUCCAGGAAGGCAGGGAUUACAUCAGCCAUGGCGUCCAGCACUCUCAAUAAUGAGGAACUGAAGAGCCAUGUGUACAAGAAGACCCUGCAGGCUCUGAUCUACCCCAUCUCCUGCACCACGCCCCAUAACUUUGAGGUGUGGACAGCCACCACUCCCACCUACUGCUACGAGUGUGAGGGGCUGCUGUGGGGCAUCGCCCGCCAGGGCAUGAGAUGUACCGAGUGCGGGGUCAAAUGUCACGAUAAGUGCCAGGACCUACUCAAUGCUGACUGCCUGCAAAGGGCAGCGGAAAAGAGUUCUAAGCAUGGGGCGGAGGACAGAACCCAGAACAUCAUCAUGGUUCUGAAGGACAGGAUGAAGAUCCGGGAGAGGAACAAGCCAGAGAUCUUUGAGCUGAUCCAGGAGGUGUUUGCCAUGGUCAAAGCCACUCACGUCACCUACAUGAAGCAGAUCAAACAGAGCGUACUAGACGGCACCUCCAAGUGGUCGGCCAAGAUCAGCAUCACAGUGCUGUGUGCCCAGGGCCUUCAGGCCAAGGAUAAAACCGGCACGAGUGACCCUUACGUCACGGUCCAGGUGGGCAAGACCAAGAAGAGGACCAAGACCAUCUACGGCAACCUCAACCCUGUCUGGGAGGAGAACUUCAACUUUGAGUGCCACAACUCCUCGGACCGGAUCAAGGUGCGGGUGUGGGACGAGGAUGAUGAUAUCAAGUCUCGGGUGAAACAGAAGUUCAAGAGGGAGUCAGAUGACUUCCUGGGUCAGACCAUCAUCGAGGUCCGCACGCUGAGCGGAGAGAUGGACGUCUGGUACAACCUGGACAAGCGUACAGACAAGUCAGCCGUGUCUGGUGCCAUCAGGAUGCACAUCAAUGUAGAGAUCAAAGGAGAGGAAACAGUCGCUCCAUAUCAUGUCCAAUACACCUGUCUGCACGAGAACCUCUUCCACUUUGUCACAGAUGUGCAGAGCUCUGGUGUUGUGAAGAUUCCUGAUGCUAAAGGGGAUGAUGCGUGGAAGGUGUACUUUGAUGAGACUCCUCAGGAGAUAGUGGAUGAGUUUGCCAUGCGCUACGGAGUGGAGUCCAUCUACCAGGCUAUGACUCACUUUGCCUGCCUGUCGUCUAAGUACAUGUGCCCGGGGGUUCCCGCGGUAAUGAGUACCCUGCUGGCCAACAUCAAUGCCUACUACGCCCACACCACCCAGGCCACCAACAACGUGUCGGCCUCUGACCGCUUUGCCGCAUCCAACUUCGGGAAAGAACGAUUUGUGAAGCUCCUGGAUCAACUCCACAACUCUCUGAGGAUUGACCUGUCCAUGUACCGGAAUAACUUCCCAGCCAGCAGUUCUGAGAGGCUGCAGGACCUCAAGUCUACUGUGGACCUGCUCACCAGCAUCACCUUCUUCAGGAUGAAGGUCCAGGAGCUACAGAGUCCCCCCAGAGCCAGUCAAGUGGUGAAGGACUGUGUCAAGGCCUGUCUCAACUCCACCUACGAAUACAUCUUCAACAACUGCCACGAGCUCUACAGCCGCGAAUACCAGACAGAUCCGGCCAAGCCAGGAGUGGAACACCCAGAGGAGCAGGGUCCCAGCAUCAAGAACCUGGACUUCUGGUCCAAACUCAUCACCCUCAUCGUGUCCAUCAUAGAGGAGGACAAGAACUCCUACACACCCUGCCUCAACCAGUUUCCUCAGGAGCUCAACGUGGGUAAAAUCAGUGCUGAGGUGAUGUGGAACCUGUUUGCUCAGGAUAUGAAGUACGCCAUGGAGGAGCAUGAAAAGAACCGGCUGUGUAAGAGUGCGGAUUACAUGAACCUGCAUUUUAAAGUCAAGUGGCUCUACAACGAGUACUGCAAAGACCUGCCCUUCUUCAAGAGCCGUGUGCCCGAGUACCCGGCGUGGUUUGAGCCGUUUGUCAUCCAGUGGUUGGAUGAGAAUGAGGAAGUGUCUCGAGACUUCCUGCACGGUGCGCUGGAGAGGGACAAAAAGGACGGGUUUCAGGUAACGUCAGAACAUGCUCUGUUCUCCUGCUCCGUGGUGGACGUCUUCUCUCAGCUCAACCAGAGCUUUGAGAUCAUCCGCAAGCUGGAGUGUCCCGACCCCCAGAUCGUAGGCAACUACAUGAAACGAUUCGCCAAGACCAUCGGCAACGUUCUCCUGUCCUACGCUGACAUCAUCUCCAAGUGCUUUGCUAACUAUGUCAACAUGGAGAAAGUGCCAUGCAUCCUGAUCAACAACAUCCAGCAGCUCAGAGUUCAACUGGAGAGGAUGUUUGAGGCCAUGGGAGGAAAGGAUCUGUGCAAGGAGGCCAGUGACUUCCUGAAAGACCUGCAGGUGAAGCUGAAUACCGUGAUGGAUGAUCUCAGCAGGAUAUUUUCUGUCAGUUUCCAGCCGCAGAUUGAGGACAAUGUGAAGCAGAUGGGAGACAUCCUUGGUCAGGUGAAGGGGACCAACGUGGGGGCUAACAACUGCAGUAGCGUGGCCCAGGACGCUGACAAUGUGCUGCAGCCCAUCAUGGACUUCCUGGACAGCAACCUGACGCUGUUUGCUAAGAUCUGCGAGAAGACGGUGCUGAAACGUGUUCUGAAGGAGCUGUGGAAACUGGUGAUGAACACCAUGGAGAAGACUAUCGUCCUGCCCCCUCUCACCGACCAGACGAUGAUUGGGAGGGUGAAGCUUGCUUGUCACAGUGAUGGCACUCAGCUCAUCUCCAACGCUGCCAAGCAGCUGGGACAGCUCUCCAAGAUAAAGGAGCACAUGGGUCGUGAGGAGGCCAAAGCGCUGUCCCCUAAGCAGUGUGCUGUGAUAGAACUAGCCCUGGACACCAUCAAGCAAUACUUCCAUGCUGGAGGGGUGGGCCUGAAAAAGACGUUCCUGGAGAAGAGUCCUGACCUGUUGUCUCUACACUACGCCCUGUCCCUCUACACGCAGGCCACAGACAAACUCAUCAAGACCUUUGUUUCAUCUCAGAAUGCACAAGUUUUCGGCGGGAAGGGGGUGAGGUUCACGGCUAGUGAGGAUGUGUACCCAGAGAAGGGCUCUGGAGUGGACGACGCCGUGGGAGAGGUGUCUAUCCACGUGGAGAUCUUCACCCACCCCAACACUGGAGAGCACAAGGUCACCGUCAAAGUGGUGGCAGCCAAUGACCUGAGGUGGCAGACCACGGGGGUGUUCCGUCCCUUCGUGGAGAUCUACAUCAUCGGUCCUCACCUGGCUGACAAGAAGAGGAAGUACGCCACCAAGUCCAAGAACAACAGCUACGCCCCCAAAUACAACGAAACGUUCACAUACACCCUCAGUAACGAGGUGGGCACAGAGUGUUACGAGCUGCAGGUGUGUGUGAAGGACUACUGCUUCGCCCGGGAGGACCGUACGGUGGGCAUGGCCGUGAUGCAGUUGAAGGACAUGUCCUCUAGGGGCAGCGUGGCGUGCUGGCUCCCCCUGGGUAAACGCAUCCACAUGGACGAGACGGGCCUCACCGUCCUCCGCAUCCUGUCCCAGCGCAACAACGACGACGUGGCAAAGGAGUUCGUCAAGCUCAAGUCAGACCAGCGCUCUCCGGAGGAGGGCCGAGGCUGAGAGGGCGAAAUCUUUAUUCGCUCAGCGCCAUCUACAGGCUAGGAAGUCCUUCUGCAGACUGACUGCAAGCCAAACCACUGCCCUGAUGUUCUAGUGUUGGACAAGCACAGAUAAACUAUAGUACUGUACACUUUUCAUUGAAGAAGAUGUGAUACCAUCUACAGUCAUUGCCCUGAUUGUCUUGAAAGCACCGGUGUCUUUAUUAUGAAUAUGAUUAAUCAUCUUGUAAAAAUGCAUAGAUAUUAUCGUAAACACAGCAAACCCACAAAACUGACCAACAUUCUACAACACAUCCACACACACAGAGUUUAAGUCAUUUAGUAUAUGUUCUUCCUUGUUCUCUCCCUCUCUCUAUUUCCCAUAGCAUAGGCCAUGUCUUAGUGCUCCUCCAAUCACACAAUCUCGACAUAGGUAUCUAAAAGCUCCUGGAGAUCAAGUUUGUGUAGCCUUGAAAGUCUUGACCUCUCGUCUAUCACAUUAACUACACUUUCCCUUCCUUUGUCUAGACUAGACUAAUGCCAAUGGAUCAAUUGAUAACGUUAUGCCAAGUCAAGCCCUAAGCACAAAUCAACAGGACCAACUGUGAACAGCAGGCCAUCAGGCUUUUAGGCCUCAUACAUUCCAAAGAGUCAGGUUUACACAGACUGGUUUAUGAUACUAUUUCUAUGAGUUGUCCACCGUAGGCUGAAUUCUGGAUCUUCUCUCAUUCCGACAUGGAGUAUCUAUAGGAGAGCAGGCUGGACAAAUUAUAAAUGUAAAUGUUUAUAAAUAUUAUAUAGAGAUAUUAUCGGUGAAUUGAUGGUAUAUUUAAAGACUAUAUGAAGACUUUGCACUUGAAAGAGAGUGUCCCUGUCUGUCUUUGUUUGUCUACCCUGUUACAGAGCCUGCUGCCUGAAACCCUCAAAUGCCUUGUCCUGUCAAACCUGUUGUCUGUCUUCAGUACAUAGUGAGAGCAACCUGAUGAAGACAAGCCUCAGAGCUCUGUGGUUCAUCAGUGUGUGUGUGUGUGUGUGUGUGUGUGUGCGUGCGUGCGUGUGUGUUUGUGUUUGUGUGUGUGUGUGUACAGGUGUGCUAUCUUAAUUUGAACAGUUUCUCAGGAAAUGUGAAUUACUCUGUGGAUUAUAAUUAAUGGACAUUUUUGUAGGGGUUUAUAAAUGUUUAGUUAGGAUAAUUAAAGUCUGACAUUUUAAAGUGGAAAUUACCAACUUCAGAAGCAUUUUUAAACCUUGAAUAUACUACAAUUUGCAUUUGCUGCUGCGCAGAAAAAUGUCCUGCGACAACAGAGUGAUCAAAUUAAGAUAGUACAUCUGUAUACUGUUUAUGUGUGUUACAUUGUUACAAUGUUGACCUUGUGUAGACACCAGUGUUGCCUGUUUGUGUAAAUGUGUAAAUCACAGAAAGCCAUCAAGAGCAUAGAACACAAUAGAGUGGAAGAAUACGUAGUCUAUAGUAUAUUUAGGUUUUUGGAGAAUUUCCUAAGUGUCUUUUACUUGGGGGAAUGCAAGUACAUUUUUUGGGGAAGGUUUAUUGCUCGUUUGAUCAGAAACAUUUGGUUGGCUGUGCAGUACAGAAUAUAAACAGAGCUCCAUUAGUUUGCCUUGGAAAACAGCCACAUCCUCUCCUCUCCUUUAACCUCUCUGAUCAACAUGUGUCAGCGUGGAAGAGAGCAGUUAGAGUCAAAAGACAGUCAUUUCUUACCGCUCGUGUUGCCAUAGCAACCUCUUGUCAAAUGAAGAUGUCAGGCCACAGGUGACCCCCACGGUCUCUUUUUUGUCUUUCUUCCCCUCUGCUGGGGAAGGCACACAUGACCUAUAACCUUUUACCUAAAAUGGCCUCCUACCAGGCUGUCUGGUCCUGGUUCUGAGCACAUAGGGUCUGUCCACAAGGGCUAUAGUACCAGUCCUGCUCAUGCCUGCCCUCUCCAAUGGUGAAACUUGCCAUAGAUAUGUGACUGAGAUAGCUAUGUGCGGAAAAAAAUCUCAUAACAUCCAUGGCAUGGCUCUCACAUUUAGAAGGAGCACAUAGAAAGCAUGUGAAGGGUAGUAAGCACAGGGUACCUACAAGGUAUUGGUGGUAUUGUAGCUCAUAAUGCAUGCAUGGUACCCAGACUGUAACCAUGCUGUAUCUAGUGCCAUUCCAGGACCAAAGGUCGCAACUUUCAACAGACUCCUUUAUCAUUGAUUAUACUUCCUGGAGGUUGAGCCUGCAGGAUAGGAUCGUAUGUAUUCCUGUGAUGUCAAGACUGGAUUAUAUUAAGACUGUCAAUAGAAUGACAGGUCUCUCAUCUGAUCCCCCCUCCUCUACAGCCCACUACACUCCCUCUCCUCUACAGCCCACUACACUGCCUCCCCUCCCUCCCCUCUACAGCCCACUACACUGCCUCCCCUCUACAGCCCACUACACUGCCUCCCCUCUACAGCCCACUACACUGCCUCCCCUCUACAGCCCACUACACUGCCUCCCCUCCACAGCCCACUACACUGCCUCCCCUCUACAGCCCACUACACUGCCUCCCCUCUACAGCCCACUACACUGCCUCCCCUCCACAGCCCACUACACUGCCUCCCCUCUACAGCCCACUACACUGCCUCCCCUCCACAGCCCACUACACUGCCUCCCCUCCCUCCCCUCUACAGCCCACUACACUGCCUCCCCUCCC